GUUGAUGCGGACGUGCGCCAUCCGCACACCAAACCCGCAAAAAUGGUCGACUGGAAGGGUUUAUUUGUAAAAGCAUAUUGGACGUUUGCGGGCCUGGGUAUGAUAUGGGCUGUUUUUAUUGGCUCGUUGAUUAGUCCUACCCUGCAGAGACAUGCUCUCUAUGCGCAUCGGUUUAAUACGAAUUUUAUGGAUAAUAUUUCGAAUCCCGAGGAAUUUGGAUUUGCGAAGGGCCAAGUCCAGCCUUUCCGGCUCACUACUGCGGACGAUGAGAAUCUGUUUUGCUGGCAUGUGAUUCCUCUAGAUGUUUAUCUGGAGAAUGAACAUGAACUUUCGACCGCGGCGGCAGUAGGUCAGACGGUGGAUGGAUUGAAGGGGACGGUUGGAGAGAAGCUCCUGAGCAUGGAUCUCGAGAGUAAGGUUGUGGUGAAUUUCCAUGGGAAUGCCGGUCACAUCGCCCAAGGCUACCGCCCCUCAACUUACCGUUCAAUUUCCGGCAUCCCAAAAACUCAUCUCCUGACCUGCGACUACCGGGGCUUCGGUAUCUCCUCGCUCAAGAACGCCCCUCACAUUCCCACCGAAACCGGCAUCAUCACCGACGCCAUAUCCCUGGUAUCCUAUGUCUGUCAUAACCUCAGCCACCCAGUGUCCCGCACCGUCCUCCUCGGCCAGAGUCUCGGUACAGCAGUAACAGCCGCCGCUGCCCUGUACCAUACUGACCCCAAUUCCCCCGAACUCCCACACGACCUCGUACGGCCCCGCGCCCCAGGAUCCAGCACCAAAGCCCCGAAACCUCCCACCGAAACCUUCGCCGCCAUCGUCCUCGUCGCCCCCUUCCGCACGCUACCCCUCCUCCUCCAACACUACCGCAUCUCCGGCCUGAUCCCCGUUCUCAAACCCCUCCAAGGCUACCCACGCAUCGCAAACUACCUCGCCUCACGCAUCGUGGACCAGUGGCCCACGCAAGCCCGGCUAGAAGCCCUCAUCUCCUCAGACGCCGCCCGCAAACUCGGCUUUAGAAUCUCCCUCCUGCACGCCCGCAACGACCAGGACAUUUCGUAUUUCGAGAGCGAGAGCCUGUUUGCGCCCCUGCAGACGCUCAUGCUGGCGUCCGGAAACGCCGCCGCGGAUGCUGCGGGAAGCGAUGUCUCGGCUGAGGAGACGAGGCGCAGUGUGCAUGGCGGGGAGCGCGUGAAGCGUGGUGCAUUUGCGUACAAGAAGGUGGAGGAUAGCAAGGGAGAACGGCUGAUCGAGCUGGAGGUUACGAGGUACGGUGGGCACAAUGAAGUUGUGGGGUGGUCGCAGGUUGCGCUGGCGGUCAGGAGGGGGUUUGAGAAGAGGAGGCUGAGACCAGGAUUGGAUGUGGAGUAA